UCGGAAGAUGGGCAAACCCCCUCUGCGACCGUCCGUCCUCUAUCCCUCUACUCUGUAUGAUCUAUCCCACCAUUUCGGACACUGCAGCAGCUGUUGCGCUUUGCCCCUCCAACGGUUAACUCAAUGCAUCAGAUUUUGCUUUCUCUGGCUAUAAUAGCAGUUCCCCCCCGGCGACAAAGUCAAUUGAUUGAGUUGCUCGGGCCUCAAUCGCAAACAGCCACCCGUGGCAUUGCUAGUUUUGCACUUGAGAGACACAAGACAUAUAUAUACAGUACUUACUGCAGGAAGCUGUACCGCGUCGUUUCGUGCAAUCUCGGCCACAUUCGCAUUCCCCACCGCAAGGUUGCGAUUUGUAUGUAUGUAGCAACCUAAGGUUGGUACUGUACGUGUGUAGUACGUACCUGUGCGAUGGCUCACCUGCAAGGGCUCCAGGGGCGGUGAAUAGAGGGGCAACGAAGCGAUUUUAGGGGACCUUACAACC